AUGUCUGAAAAUAGAAGUGAUCCGAUUUCUUCGAAUUCUCAAUCAUCUUCUUCAUCUAUCAUUGAAGUUUCUAAUCCUCUGUUUUUAGCUUCAUCUGAUAAUCCGAGCACUAUUUUAGUUUCAAAAGUUUUUGAUGGAACUGGUUUUGCCUCAUGGAAAAGAUCCAUGACUCUAGCUUUAUCUGCUAAAAAUAAGAUUGGUUUUGUCGAUGGAACUAUUCAAAAACCAGAUGAGAAUUCAAAUCAAUUUGAAACCUGGAAUCGAGUCAACUCUAUGGUUAUCAGCUGGUUGUUGAAUUCUCUCUCAAAAGACAUUGCUGAAAGCGUUUUGUUUUUACAAACUGCUUGUGAUAUUUGGAAUGAAAUCAAUCAGCGUUAUCAACAAGCAAAUGGUGCGUUGGUCUAUCAAAUUCAGAAGAAGCUGUUCUCAACUACUCAAGGAUCUGAAGAUUUUUCAUCAUAUUUUACAAAAAUGAAGAAGAUAUGGGAUGAGUUGAACAUGAUUCAAGAAGUUCCGGCUUGCACAUGUGGUUCUACAGCCAAGAUCAAGAAGUAUAUUGAAGAACAAAGACUUAUUCAAUUACUUAUGGGAUUAAACGAAUCUUAUAAGUCAACUCGUGGUCAGAUCUUGAUGAUGAAUCCUCUUCCUAGCAUUGCUACGGUACAUUCUUUGUUAAUUCAUGAAGAGAGACAACGUGAUAUCAAUUCAAUCCCUAACAUAAUUGCUGAUUCAAUGGCAAUGAAUGUUAAUCAUCAAACUUCAAAUUCAAACAAUUCUUUCAAUAAGAAGAAUUUGCAGUGCACUCAUUGCAAGAAAUCUGGUCAUGUCAAAGCAACAUGCUACAGGAUCAAUGGCUUUCCAUCCGAUUUUAAAUUUACCAAAUCUAAGAGACAAGAUUCUACUGUUCAGAAUGUUAUUGACAAUUCUAACAGCCCCCCUCAAGUUGGGAGUUGUGAAACAAAACCCAACUUGCCAAUAGCUUCUGCAUGA